CAUUCAAGGUAUAAAACUAUAAUACAAUACAGUGUUAUUGUUGCCUCUCAUGGGGAGUACAAAACCAGUAUUUGGUUUAACCCGAUAGUUGAAAAAUUCAAAAUGGCAGGUGCUUUCGGUUCGGCUGCUACGCCGUUUAUCGGUACUGUGGCCCUGCUAGCUGCUAUGAUUUUCCAUGUUUUGGCUUUUGCGGCACCUUACUGGUCUACAACAGAAAAUGAAGGGAAUUAUGGAUUAUGGAGACGAGCUCAAUGUCGAAUUGAAGGCUCAACUGACUGCUAUAGAUAUAAUAUGCACUGGUCUGUCGCAGAUUGGUUGAAUGCUGUACGAGGAUUAGAAUGUUUAACUAUUAUUUUCUGGUCUGUACCCUUAAUGAUUUUGCCAGUAUAUAUCUAUGUCGCCCUUGGUCUACACUAUAGAUGUUUGUUGGGAAGCUGUUGUUUAUCUGUCUUGGUAGGAAGUAUCUGUAACAUUAUUGGUGCUAUAAUCUAUGGUAUACAAAUUGCAACUGAUGAUGUAAUGCGACUUGGAUGGUGUCUUAUUAUUUGUAUAAUUGGUGGAGCUCUAGGAUUCGUCUCUUUCAUUAUUCUACUUAUUGCCACUUUAAACAGACCAGACUUCUCCAUUGACCGCCAUUAUCCAUCUGGAUUCUAUGUGGAUCCCGACAGGAACAGAUUAUAUGCUGUGGGAGUAAUCAAUGAUAACUUUGAAACGCUUAGUGUCAAAUCCGCACAGUCCAACCCACCUGCUGGAAUGGUCGUUGUUCCCCAGUAAAACACAUAUAUAUCAAACAUAGACUGAAUAUGCCAACGAUAACAAUGAUCGAAGUUCUUUAAUGCUUGUUAAGAAAGUCUUUAAUACAUAGUCCACUCUUUAAUCUUUCUGAUUAGAAUUAUUCAAUCCUGCUCACAUAUACGUAAUGUUAUUCAAGUUGGAGUUUCAGGAAGAUCUCUACUGCUGUCCACCUAAAUUUGUUCUUAUAUACAAUCGGGGGGGGGGGGGGGUUUAACGCGUGCGCGUUGUAUCGGAAGGUUUGUCAUUGAGUCAGGUAGCCUGGUUUCGAUUCCCCGCUUAUACGUGACAAAGAGUAAAGUCGUCUGUCCAACCUCAUUGAUUUUCUCUUGGUCCUCGGGUUUCCUACCACUUCUAAAGACCCAUAAGCGCAUGAGAAUUACUGAAAUAGAAUUGAAAAUAUGUUAGUCCCGAAAUGACCUAGUUUGUGUCGAGUGGACGUUAAACCCCAUUUCUCAUAGACCAUUAUUAAAAUUAGACUUUCAUUGAUAAGUUCACACAGUUGAAAUCCUUGUACAUGAACACACAAUGGGGGGUGGGGGGUAUGGUGUUGCUUCCAGUAAUUAUUAUUGGCUGAUGAUUACAGUUAACAAAUAAAACCAACAAUAUCUGGCAGGAUUUUGACAUAUUCUGAGCUGUGUCUAAGCCUGUAUUGGGACUUUAAUAUAAUUCAUGGUCUGGCCAAUUUUUCUUGCAGUAUAGGCAGGAUAUGACCUGGGGAUGUGGGGUGGAGUGGGUGUUAGCAAUCAACAAUUCAUACCAUGGAUAAUAAUUUGGACAGAAAAAAUUAUAUGGAUAGAUUAUGGAUGUCAAUCUAUGCCAAUAAUAAAUAAUGGUAGUCAAUUAUAUUAAAUGUGAUAAGCAAGAAUUCCAAAAAUAAAAAAAUAACGUGCUACAAGAGCUGUAUUUUUAUCAGAUUUGUGUUUUAUUAAUAAAAUACUCAUUAGUGAUCUUAAGCUUAUAACAAUAUCCUCGUGACAAAAUUUUCGAACUUUCAUUUUUAUACACAAGACUAAAAUAAAAACUCAAGAUAGAUUUUUUCUCAAAAUUUAACACUCAUUUCACAAAUGUAUAAUAUAUGUAUGUAGUACGUAAACUGUUCACAAAUAUACUUUAAUUAUUCUGCAGUGUAUAUAAUAGAUAUUUCUUAUAAAAUUAUACUUUUAUACAAUA